GCGCGCACGCGCGGAAGUGCGGCGGGGCCAGGACAGAGGCGGGCACCUCGCUUCGGGGGGGGGGGGGGGGGCCCCCCCAGCACCCCAACGAGCCUUGAACCCGUCGGGGGUCCCGCUGCCGCCCCCGACCCCGCAGCCAUGCCCCCGGUCUCCUCCCUCGUCCACCUCUGCGCCCGCCGCCUGGCCGGCCACGCCGCCGGCGCCCGCCGCGCGCUGCCGCUGCUGCCGGCCGAGCUGUACCCGGCGCUGCUCGAGGCCGCCUUGGCCGAGCAGCGGGCGCCGCUGCUGCGGGACCUGGUGCGCUCCUGGCCCUACCCGGUCCUGCGCCUCCCGCGCCGUCUGCGCCGCGCCCGCCGGCCGCCCGGCAAGCUGUGCGUGCAGGCCCUGCUCCUCGCCGUCACCGCCGGCCUCCGCCGCGACGCCAGCGCCAGGCCGUGCCUGCGGGUGCUGGACAUGACGGGCCUGCAGGAUGGUGCUGAGCAGGGCCCCGACAGCCUCAGCCUCUGGUCGGGGACGGUGCUGCUGGCCAAGGCCUGCCUGGAGGCGUCGCAGCGCCGCGAUGACCAGCACGACGCCGAGCGGCUCGAGGGCUCGCCGGGCUCGUCGCCGCCACCGCGCUCGGUGGAGGUGCGCGUCGACCUCUUCGUCAACAGCACCUCGGGACCCAUCCUGCGCGCCGCCCUGCGCGCCGGCGGGGCGCUGCGCCUGCGCUGCCGCGACUUCCACGCCGAGGAGCUGUCCCUGGGCGCCACGCUGGCCUUGCUGGAGGCGCUGGAGCCGGCCGGGCUGCGCCGCGUCGACCUGCGCUUCAACAACCUGGGGCUGCCGGGCUUGGCCGAGGUGGUGCCGCGCCUCGAGCGCUUCCCCGACCUGCGCCUUGCAGUGCCCGCUGGAGAGCCUGGAGCUGCCCUUCUGCCACCUCCUCCCCGGGGACCUCGCUUACCUCGUCCAGAGCCCCCACGCGCCCGCGCUGAAGAAGCUCGACCUGAGCGGCAACAACCUCUCCGAGGACCUCCUGCCGCCCUUCCUCCAGCUUUUGGCGACGGCCUCGGGCGCCCUGCGCCACCUGGACGCCAUGGAGUGCCGCCUGGCGGACGCCCACCUCGAUGCCCUGCUGCCAGCGCUCCGCCGCUGCGCCCGCCUGGGCUACCUGGGCGUUUUCGGCAACCCCCUGACCUGGCGGGGGGUGAAGGCGCUGGCGGCGGGCACGGCGCCGCUCGCCGCCCUGCGCCUCGUCGUCUACCCGCGCCCCGUGGAUCUCUGCGGCGACGAGGACAACGGCGACGACGUCCCGGAGGACGAGGAGCGCUCGGAGGCGCUGCAGGAGGAGCUGCAGCAGAUGCUGCGCGGCGCCGGCCGGGACGAGGCCGUGUGGACCACGAGCCUGAGCCGCCACGGCGCCCUCGACUACUUCGCGCUGUAGGGCGGGCGGGCGGCAGGAGCACGGGAGCGCUGUAUAAAUCGGUGUCUUUAAUGGCUGUUGUCCGUCUGGUGAUGGAGGCCGGGCUCCUGCAGCCUCCCCGUUCCCACCCGCGCCGUCCCCGCGCUGUCACCGUGUCACCGGUUUCGGGCCGUGUCCCUGUGGGCUGUCGCAGCGCUCCUGCUGCCCCCGACCUCACAUGCGUGGCCGGGAGGAGCGCCCGCUGCUCAAAGGGCUCUGCGGUGCCCCGAAACACCGCGACACCCCCGGGGAUGGUGGGUGGCAGCGCAGGGCCACCGUGGGGCCACCAGGGGGGUGGUGGCCACCAUGGGUGGUGA